AUGCGCCAGGCCAACCAGCCUGGCGGUGGACUCUAUCCCGCGCCUCUGCGAGCCCACAUCGACGCCAUGAACGAGAAGCGUACCAUGCCAGCCUGUACCCGUUGUUCGAGACGCUGGACCGCGUGGAGGAGCCACUCGGAGAAGCCCGAUCACCGGCCGUAUCUGUUGGGGGCGAACAUCACCGAGGCGGAUAUCCUGCUGUACACGACAAUUGCUCGCUUCGAUGUGGCAUACUAA